AAAAACACCAAGCUUCCUCUAAACACCCAACAAAAGCCAUGGUUAUCAGCAUGCUUAACCCUACACAAAUUGAGAGAGCUCAUUUAACGCUAGCUUAUUUCACUUACUGACCGCCACUUAUGAUAUUAAUCCCUACUACACACAUCUUUGUUCUAUUAUUUUGAACCGCUAUUAUUUGAUAGUGACCUAGCCCUGAACUUUCUCUUUCUGUUCAGAAUCUCUUCACUUUUAUCAGGGUUACAGUAUGAUACCCUCCCUCCAAAACUUACUCAAUAAAUUUUGUACCUAGCUAAAACCCCAAUCCCUGCAAACUCCUCAAGUUUUAAAUAAACUCAUUGUUUUAGCCCUAAAAAAGACCUAGUUUUGCUACUAUUGUUAUCUUUUCCCUAUUUUAUUUAGAGUGAAGUUCACCCUUUUUUUAGCUACGUUUUCAGGGACGCAGAGAAGUUUUUCCUAUUUUGUCCAAGUUUCAGAGAAGUAUUGGCCAGUUUACCUGUAGUUUCAGAUGAAACUGAUAAGUUUUGCCUAAUUUAUCUACAGUUUUAGUGAAGGAGAUAAAGCAGAAAAAUAAUGGUCGAUUCUGGUGAGAAACAGGAGUUUGUAGGAAUUACUAUAACUUUGCCUUCUCAUUCAAAUGCUGUGAAGCUGCCGCUAUGGAAUAGUCCGGAAAAUGUUACCGCAGUAUUUGGCUAUGAUGGUGAUGCAGCUCGUCUAGGGUUUAGUAGUGAGCAUGGCAUGGUUAUCCAGUUCGAUUUGGACAAUACCCAGCUUUAUAAGCUGGGUCCUGAUAGAUCCUUAAUGCUGAGCCACGAUUCAAAAUCCAAUAAAAUGGAAAAGAGUCAGAGAGACUAUUCGCAUGCAAUUACUCUUGGAUUUCAAACUGAAGAUGAAAGCAAUGCCUUUCAUUCUGCAUUCAAACUAUGGAAGAGUGGAUCAGGGUCCAAUGGAUCUGGAAAGCGGUUGGAAAAUGGAUCAGUUUUGGCUCCAAUGAGCAAAUUUGAUGACAAAAUAGAGGCAGCUUCUGCUAAAAUGUAUUUCCAUUACUAUGGACAGCUGCUGCAUCAGCAAAACAUGCUACAGGAUUAUGUGAGGACAGGAACAUACUUUGCCGCAGUCAUCGAAAAUCGAAUAGACUUUCUUGGUCGUGUGGUAGUUGAUGUUGGUGCUGGUAGCGGUAUUCUCUCUUUGUUUGCAGCUCAGGCUGGUGCAAAGCAUGUAUAUGCCGUGGAGGCAUCUGACAUGGCAGAAUAUGCCCGUAAACUUAUAGCUGGAAAUCCUUUGUUAGGACAACGGAUAACGGUGAUAAAGGGCAAAAUUGAGGAAGUGGAUUUACCUGAGAAAGCUGAUAUUUUGAUUUCUGAGCCCAUGGGCACUUUAUUGGUAAAUGAGAGAAUGUUGGAAACGUACGUAAUUGCACGCGAUCGAUUUCUUGUUCCUCAUGGGAAAAUGUUUCCCACAAUUGGCAGGAUACACAUGGCACCAUUUAGUGAUGAAUAUCUAUUUGUUGAAAUUGCAAAUAAGGCCCUCUUCUGGCAGCAGCAGAACUACUACGGGGUCGAUCUUACGCCUUUGUAUGGAUCUGCUUUCCAGGGAUACUUUUCGCAGCCUGUCGUUGAUGCAUUUGAUCCAAGAUUAUUGGUCGCACCAGCUAUAAUGCAUACAUUGGACUUUACGAGUAUGAAGGAAGAGGAGCUAUAUGAAAUUGACAUUCCACUGAGUUUCAUUGCGUCUGUUGGCACUCGGGUGCAUGGCCUGUCUUGUUGGUUUGAUGUCCUAUUCAAUGGAAGUGCUGUUCAGCGUUGGCUUACCACUGCUCCUGGUGCUCCAACAACGCAUUGGUAUCAACUGCGAUGUGUUCUUUCCCAGCCUCUUUAUGUCAUGGCUGGACAAGAAAUUACUGGACGGCUCCAUAUGGUUGCUCACAAUGCACAGAGCUACACUUUACAUCUAACCAUGUCAGCCAAAACAUGGGGCCCUGGUGCGGAGCAAGGAGGAAUACUUCAAACAGCAUCUGGCAAGCUUGAUCUUAAAGAACCUUAUUAUAGAAUGUCUCAACCUCAAGCCUAUGCAUGGGCUCAAGAUCAGCAACCACAACAGUUGAUACAACCACAGGAACCCCUUCUUCAAACUCAAGAUGUAGGGGGCCCAGUUUCAUUACAGCAAUUAACACAGAAUUCAAAUGCAUUGCCCCGUAGGUAACAAAAUUGCAAUGCUAACCGUGGAUUUGAUUAGACUCUGUGGUCAGCAUGAGACAUUACUCGUGUGAGCACAGUUCCUCUGUUGUAACAAAAUAUAUUAUUAUCUUGUCAGGCCUGCCAUAGUGCUAACCCACUCUUGUAAUUUCAAGGCUAUCAUUAUUUAUUUCAAACAAUAGACCCUAACGGCAUUGACAAGUUGUGGGAUUCAUAAAUGAUUUUGUGUGAGGAGAGAGGGCUUCUCAUGUCUCAAAUGUGAUUUGUUUUUUGGAUACUUAUAUGGAAAAGGGUCAGUGCUGUUGAAUCUGAUAAUUGAGAAAGCUAUGGCAAUUAGCAGUUAAAUCUUUA